UCGUGCCGCGUGGCAUUUAAUCAACCGUUGCUGUGUAUCAUUUCCUUCGCUUUGUCUGUUGUGCAAGUAAUUUAGCAAGUUUAAGAGCAAGCAAUGGAACGCUUCAUGGAAGACGCACUGCAGCAAGCACGGGCGGCAAACGAUCUCAAAGAAGUUCCGGUGGGGUGUGUUUUCGUGUACGAUCGCAAAGAUAGUAGCGGAGAAAUCAUUGCCCGUGGAUGUAAUUUAGUGAACGAAAGUAAGAAUGCUACCCGCCACGUGGAGUUCAUUUGCAUCGAUCAGACGCUGGAAUACGCUCGGCAGUACGGUAUAGAACCGCCAGAAAGUAUCUUCUCAGCCGUCACCGUAGUAGUGACCGUGGAACCAUGCAUUAUGUGUGCAGCGGCGUUGAUCAACCUUGGUGUGCGGGAGAUCAUUUACGGCUGUCGCAAUGAUCGGUUCGGUGGAUCGACUGUAGUGGACGUGGGGGCAUUGUUGAAUUCUAGCAUUCCGAUCCGCGGAAAUGUUCGAGGCGAGGAAGCGAUGGAGCUACUGAAGGAGUUCUACAAAGGAGAAAACCCAUCCGCACCUGUACCAAAGGCAAGGGGCAACCAAGGUGGAUGUAAAACAUAA